AUGCAGGAGCACAAAGGCUAUGCCCCACAGGAUUUAUCUAUUCAGAGUGAGUACCAGCUAAAUUUCCGCAUCAUCAACUGGAACCUCAGCAACCCAGACCCCAUGUCCUCUGAGUACACCUCCCUGCUGAGGGACAUCCAGGACAAGGUCACCAAACUCUACAGAGGCAGCCAGCUAGGAGAUGCAUUCUACUCCUGCCUGGUUACUGACUUGAAGCUGGGCUCCGUGACAGUCACUAUCCAGGAACUGUUCUCCUCCAGUGUAGACCCCAGAAUGGUGAAACAAAUCUUUUUGGACAAGACCCUCAAUGCUUCAUCCCACUGGCUUGGUGCCACCUACCAUUUGGCAGAUAUUCAAGUGACAGAACUGGAGGCAUCAGUUCAUCUGCCAACAGACAAACCAACAAGCAGUCCCAGCCCUCAGUACCUCCAGCUGAAUUUCACUGUCACCAAUCUACUCUAUGUCCAGGACAUAGGCCUACCAGGCACCACCACACACCAGCGGAACAAAAGAAGCAUGGAGAAUGCGCUCAACCAGCUCUGCCGAAACAGCAGCAUCAAGAAUUAUUUUUCUGACUGUGAAGUUAUAGCGUUCAGGUGA